AUGGAUAGUGGUUUGACAUUCGCAGCGGUAGCAGCCUCGCAAUCGGCAACCCCUCUCUGCUUCUCCAAUCAUGCGUUCGUCCGCCAGCAGUUUCCUUCCCCGUCAAGCACUAGAUUCGGCAAGAGCUCUACGAAGGGUUACAAUUGCGGCUCAAGGAACUCCGUAUCAGUUAAGGCCCUGAACAGCUCAUCCAGGUCAAGCAUUACGAAUAGACGGACUCUGAGCAGCAACUGGGAUACUGUGGAUUUCUCCUCUGGCGCCGCUACGGCUCCCCGGAUGCCGAGAUUCGAGGAACUUGAUACUACCAAUAUGCUCCUCCGUCAGAGAAUCGUUUUUCUGGGCUCUGAGGUUGAUGACAUGUCAGCUGAUUUUAUUAUAAGCCAACUCUUAUUUCUUGAUGCUGAAGAUCCAACAAAAGACAUCAGGAUGUUUAUCAACUCACCUGGUGGUUCUGUCACUGCUGGAAUGGGAAUUUAUGAUGCAAUGAAGGUUUGCAAAGCUGAUGUUUCAACGAUAUGUAUUGGUCUCGCUGCAUCUAUGGGAGCAUUAGUUCUAGCUGGUGGCACCCAAGGCAAGAGGUUUUGCAUGCCGAACGGUAGAGUCAUGAUACAUCAACCACAUGGAACUGCUGGAGGCAAAGCAUCAGAGAUGAGCAUAAGGAUUAGAGAAAUGAAUUAUCAUAGGAUCAAAAUCAACAAGAUAUUGUCAAGAGCCACAGGGAAGGCAGUGGAGCAGAUUGAAGCGGACACUGAUCGAGAUAACUACAUGGACGCUUGGGAAGCUAAAGCUUAUGGGUUAGUAGAUGGUGUAAUUGAUGAUGGCAAGCCAGGGCUGGUGGCUCCUAUUGCUGAUGCUUCCCCUCCGCCAAAGACUCGAAUAUGGGAAUAUUGGAAAAUUGAAGGGACUAAACAGGCCAAGAAGAGUUUGCCAUCAGAGCAUAGAAUUUUGCAGAAGGCAUAUAAUAAUGGCGCUAUGGGGGCCGAUGAGAAAGAGGGAAAGGAGAAGGAUGAGCCUGCUCCUUCAGAGUGAGGACUAUCUGAAUUGGGUUCAUAGGAAUUGAUACCCUUGUAAUGUAGAUGCUGUUAAGGACGAAGGCCUCUGGCAAAAGGCAGAUUUUUAGAAGGCGAAAACCAUUAUCUUCCUUGCCCUAGAGGCAGCUCUGUUCAGUAAAGGAGGAGUCCCCAUCUAUGGUGGUCUUGAACUUCAUGAAAGAUGAUGAUCAUGAAGUCAUAUGGCUGACUGAAACAUGAAAUAUAGCAACUGUUGAACUGUCAGUUCUUCUUUCCCCGAUACCCAUUCAUUCCAUUGAUCAAAAUAGUUAUACAGAGCACUCAGUUUCACA